CCUGUCGCUGAUGAUGCAUGAGAUGGCCAACGUGAAUUCUGCCAGCCGCCCACACUACGCCUCUUCCAUCCCUGUGCCUCGAGCUUCAUCACAGACUAGGAUUCACACCCCAGGCGCUUCUCCCCAGCUGCGGCCUCGGCAGGCUGACUUGGCCCUGAGCCCCCAGCGUGCUACCUCCCCAAGAUGGGGCAAGACUGCAGUCUCUUCCAGAAACUCUUCGCCCAAGGCCUACAGAGGAAGAGGCACCCCCAGGGCUGCAGGGCCAGCCAGGGAGUUGGCUGAGAGUGUAGAAAGCCUCUCCAGCUCCCCUUGGAGCAGCCCCAGGAUAACCCCCAAAACAGCCUUCUCCAGUCAGGCGGGAUCCAGAAGAACUGGGGAGACACAAAGCACCCAGAGGAAGAAGACCCAGGAAGGGAUCUCCGCUCGCCAGACCAGGGGAAGGAGCCCACCCCAGACAAGCUGUUAUGGAGAAACUCAAAUUCCAGGACCUCCUGAAGGUCGAAUGCUCUCUAGCUGCCAGGGAAAAGAACAAAGAGACAAAACCUACAAACGCCCUAGGUCUCUGGAGCCUGAUGAAGGGGCAGCUUCAGGGACUUCCUCUCCCGUCUGCAGCCCUGUGCACAGCAUGAGGCCCUCUCCUACUCCUGGGGUCAUUAGUUUUUCCUCUGCCCAUCAGCAGAACCAGCCAAUCACAGCCACGGUGGCCCCCUUUCAGUACAGGUUGCAGACAGACCAGGAGCCUGGCCCCGUUCCUCAGGAAAGCUGGACCCUUGAUGGAUACACCAGCCCCACUAGGAGGACUGAGGACAGCUUGUCCUACAUGGACGCGCGGAUCGUCCAUGCGCUCCUGGCAGGCAGAAUGCUGGGCAGCAGCGUCAAAAGCGUGCAGCCCGAGGUGGAGCUGAGCGGCGGCAGCGGCAGCGGCGGCGACGAGGGCGCGGACGAGCCUCGGGGAGCCAGCAGAAAGGCGGCCGCGGCGGACGGCAGAGGCAUGCUGCCCAAGCGCGCCAAGGCGGCGGCGGGCGGCAGUUGCAGUAUGGCCAAGGCCAGCGCAGCUGAGCUGAAGGUCUUCAAGUCCGGCAGCGUGGACAGCCGUGUCCCCGGUGGGCCGCCGACCUCCAACCUGCGCAAACAGAAGUCGCUCACCAACCUCUCGUUUCUCACGGACUCCGAGAAAAAGCUGCAGCUGUAUGAACCUGAGUGGAGCGAUGAUAUGGCCAAGGCACCCAAGGGUUUGGGCAAAUUGGGGCCCAAGGGCCGAGAGGCUCCUCUAAUGUCCAAGACACUGUCCAAAUCAGAGCAUUCGCUCUUCCAGCCCAAAGGAGGCCCUGCGGGCGGCGCCAAGACCCCACUGGCUCCACUAGCGCCCAGCCUAGGCAAACCCAGCCGGAUUCCUCGCGGACCCUAUGCGGAGGUCAAACCUCUCAGCAAGGCGCCUGAGGCAGCCGUGAGCGACGAUGGCAAAUCGGAUGAUGAGCUGCUUUCCAGCAAGGCUAAGGCGCAAAAGAGCUCAGGGACCGUGCCCUCAGCCAAAGGCCAGGAGGAGCGGGCCUUCCUCAAGGUGGACCCCGAGCUCGUGGUUACCGUGCUGGGCGACCUGGAGCAGCUGCUCUUCAGCCAGAUGCUGGAUCCAGAGUCGCAGAGAAAGAGGACAGUGCAGAAUGUUCUGGAUCUUCGACAGAACCUGGAAGAAACCAUGUCCAGCCUCCGGGGCUCCCAGGUGACGCACAGCUCCCUGGAGAUGACUUGUUACGACAGUGACGAUGCCAACCCUCGAAGUGUAUCCAGCCUCUCCAACCGCUCUUCUCCUCUCUCCUGGCGCUACGGCCAGUCCAGUCCCCGGCUGCAGGCUGGCGAUGCACCCUCUGUUGGGGGCAGCUGUCGCUCUGAGGGGCCGCCAGCCUGGUACAUGCAUGGGGAACGGGCACACUACUCCCACACGAUGCCUAUGAGGAGCCCUAGCAAGCUCAGCCACAUCUCUCGCCUGGAGUUGGUGGAGUCCCUGGACUCCGAUGAGGUGGACCUCAAGUCUGGCUACAUGAGUGACAGUGACCUCAUGGGCAAGACCAUGACAGAGGAUGAUGACAUCACGACAGGCUGGGAUGAGAGCAGCUCCAUCAGCAGUGGGCUCAGCGAUGCCUCCGACAACCUCAGCUCCGAAGAGUUCAAUGCCAGCUCCUCGCUCAACUCCCUCCCCACUACCCCCACGGCUUCCCGCAGGAGCUCUACAAUAGUGCUGCGCACAGACUCAGAGAAGCGCUCCCUGGCAGAAAGUGGGCUGAAUUGGUUUAGUGAAUCAGAGGAGAAGGCCCCCAAAAAACUGGAGUACGACAGUGGCAGCCUAAAGAUGGAACCUGGGACCUCAAAGUGGCGGAGAGAGCGACCAGAAAGCUGCGAUGACUCUUCCAAGGGUGGAGAACUGAAAAAGCCCAUCAGCCUGGGGCAUCCGGGGUCCCUGAAGAAGGGCAAGACCCCACCAGUGGCCGUCACCUCUCCCAUCACUCAUACAGCCCAGAGUGCCCUCAAAGUUGCAGGCAAGCCUGAAGGCAAAGCUACAGACAAGGGCAAGCUCACAGUAAAGAACACUGGGUUACAGCGCUCCUCUUCUGAUGCUGGCCGGGACCGCCUAAGUGAUGCUAAGAAGCCUCCCUCGGGCAUCGCUCGCCCCUCUACUUCAGGAUCCUUUGGCUAUAAGAAGCCGCCCCCUGCUACUGGCACAGCUACUGUCAUGCAGACAGGUGGCUCAGCCACUCUCAGCAAGAUCCAGAAGUCCUCAGGCAUCCCUGUCAAACCAGUAAAUGGGCGCAAGACGAGUUUAGAUGUGUCCAACAGUGCAGAGCCGGGAUUUCUGGCGCCUGGAGCCCGGUCCAACAUCCAGUAUCGCAGCCUGCCCAGGCCGGCCAAAUCCAGUUCAAUGAGUGUGACUGGCGGGCGGGGUGGACCUCGCCCUGUUAGCAGCAGCAUUGACCCCAGUCUCCUCAGCACCAAACAGGGAGGCCUUACACCCUCCAGACUGAAGGAACCUUCCAAGGUUGCCAGUGGUCGGACCACUCCGGCUCCUGCUCCUGUCAAUCAGACAGAUCGGGAAAAGGAGAAGGCCAAAGCCAAGGCUGUGGCCUUGGACUCAGACAACAUCUCCUUGAAGAGCAUUGGCUCCCCAGAAAGCACUCCUAAGAACCAAGCAAGCCACCCUCCAGCCACCAAGUUAACGGAGCUGCCGCCAACCCCUCUCAGGGCCACAGCUAAAAGCUUUGUCAAGCCACCGUCACUAGCCAACCUAGACAAGGUCAACUCCAACAGUUUGGAUCUACCAUCUUCCAGCGACACCCAUGCUUCAAAGGUCCCAGAUCUGCAUGCUCCCAGCUCAUCAACUGGGGGCCCUCUCCCGUCUUGCUUCACCCCCAGUCCAGCACCCAUCCUCAAUAUUAACUCAGCCAGCUUCUCCCAGGGCCUGGAGCUGAUGAGCGGUUUCAGUGUCCCAAAGGAGACUCGCAUGUACCCCAAACUCUCAGGCCUGCACAGGAGCAUGGAGUCCCUCCAGAUGCCGAUGAGCCUGCCCAGUGCCUUCCCCAGCAGUUCUCCUGUCCCCCCGCCGCCUGCUGCCCCCGCUGCCCCACCAGAAGAAGAGACUGAAGAGCUGCCCUGGAGUGGAAGCCCCAGAGCUGGACAACUGGACAGCAAUCAGCGGGAUCGGAACACCCUUCCCAAGAAAGGCCUCAGGUACCAGCUUCAGUCCCAAGAGGAGACCAAGGAGAGGCGGCACUCCCACACUAUCGGCGGACUUCCCGAAUCCGACGACCAGGCAGAGCUGCCGUCCCCCCCUGCCCUCUCCAUGUCCUUGAGUGCCAAGGGCCAGCUUACCAACAUAGUGAGUCCCACUGCGGCCACCACGCCAAGAAUCACCCGCUCCAACAGCAUCCCCACCCACGAGGCGGCCUUCGAGCUGUACAGCGGCUCCCAAAUGGGGAGCACCCUGUCCCUGGCCGAGAGACCCAAGGGAAUGAUUCGGUCAGGAUCCUUCCGAGACCCCACGGAUGAUGUUCAUGGCUCGGUGCUGUCUCUGGCCUCCAGUGCCUCAUCCACCUACUCCUCAGCUGAGGAGAGGAUGCAAUCUGAGCAAAUUCGGAAGCUUCGUAGGGAACUGGAAUCAUCCCAGGAAAAAGUGGCCACCCUGACAUCUCAGCUCUCUGCCAAUGCUAACCUGGUGGCUGCCUUCGAGCAGAGCCUGGUGAACAUGACAUCCCGCUUGCGACACCUGGCAGAAACAGCCGAGGAGAAGGACACUGAGCUGCUGGAUUUGCGAGAAACUAUAGACUUCCUGAAGAAAAAGAAUUCUGAGGCCCAAGCGGUCAUUCAGGGAGCACUGAAUGCCUCAGAAGCCACACCCAAAGAACUCCGGAUCAAGAGACAGAAUUCCUCAGAUAGCAUCUCCAGCCUCAACAGCAUCACCAGCCAUUCCAGCAUCGGCAGCAGCAAAGAUGCUGAUGCCAAAAAGAAGAAGAAGAAGAGCUGGGUUUAUGAGCUUCGAAGUUCCUUCAACAAAGCCUUCAGCAUUAAAAAGGGUCCCAAGUCAGCCUCCUCGUACUCUGAUAUCGAGGAGAUUGCCACACCUGACUCCUCAGCCCCAUCAUCCCCCAAACUACAGCAUGGUUCCACAGAGACCGCAUCCCCCUCCAUCAAGUCCUCCAACUCGUCCUCUGUGGGCACUGAGGUCACCGAGGUCCCUGCUCAUUCGGUCCCCCACACUAGACUGUUCCAAGCCAAUGAGGAGGAGGAACCGGAGAAGAAAGAGGUAUCGGAGCUGCGCUCUGAACUAUGGGAGAAAGAAAUGAAGCUUACGGAUAUCCGGUUGGAGGCCCUAAACUCUGCCCACCAGCUAGACCAGCUUCGGGAGACUAUGCACAACAUGCAGUUGGAGGUGGACUUGCUGAAAGCAGAGAAUGACCGGCUGAAGGUUGCCCCCGGCCCCUCCUCAGGCUCCACUCCAGGGCAGGUCCCUGGAUCGUCUGCUCUAUCAUCCCCUCGCCGUUCCCUGGGCCUUGCACUCAGCCAUCCCUUCGGUCCCAGUCUCACAGAUACAGACCUAUCGCCCAUGGAUGGCAUCAGCACCUGUGGCCCUAAGGAAGAAGUAACCCUCCGGGUGGUGGUACGGAUGCCACCCCAACACAUCAUCAAAGGGGACUUAAAGCAGCAGGAGUUCCUCUUGGGAUGCACCAAGGUCAGUGGAAAGGUGGACUGGAAGAUGCUGGAUGAAGCUGUUUUCCAAGUGUUCAAGGACUACAUUUCUAAAAUGGACCCAGCUUCCACCCUGGGACUAAGCACCGAGUCUAUACAUGGCUAUAGCCUCAGCCAUGUGAAACGAGUGUUGGAUGCUGAGCCUCCAGAGAUGCCCCCUUGCCGCCGAGGUGUCAAUAACAUCUCAGUCUCCCUCAAAGGUCUGAAGGAGAAGUGUGUCGACAGCCUGGUGUUCGAGACACUCAUCCCCAAGCCCAUGAUGCAGCACUACAUAAGCCUCCUGCUCAAGCACCGGCGCCUUGUGCUCUCCGGCCCCAGUGGCACCGGCAAGACCUACUUGACCAAUCGGCUGGCUGAGUAUCUGGUGGAGCGCUCAGGCCGCGAGGUCACUGAUGGCAUCGUCAGCACUUUCAAUAUGCACCAGCAGUCUUGCAAGGAUCUGCAGCUGUACCUCUCCAACCUGGCCAACCAGAUAGACCGGGAAACAGGAAUUGGGGAUGUGCCCUUGGUGAUCCUAUUGGAUGACCUGAGCGAAGCAGGCUCCAUCAGUGAGCUGGUUAAUGGGGCCCUUACCUGCAAGUACCACAAAUGUCCCUAUAUCAUAGGUACCACCAAUCAGCCUGUAAAAAUGACACCCAACCAUGGCUUACACUUAAGCUUCAGGAUGCUGACUUUCUCUAACAACGUGGAGCCAGCCAAUGGCUUUCUGGUCCGUUACCUGCGGAGGAAGUUGGUAGAGUCAGACAGUGACAUCAAUGCUAACAAGGAAGAGCUGCUUCGGGUGCUGGACUGGGUGCCCAAGCUGUGGUAUCACCUCCACACCUUCCUUGAGAAGCACAGCACCUCGGACUUCCUCAUUGGCCCUUGCUUCUUUCUGUCCUGCCCCAUUGGCAUUGAGGACUUCCGGACCUGGUUCAUUGACCUGUGGAACAAUUCCAUCAUUCCCUAUCUACAGGAAGGAGCCAAGGAUGGGAUCAAGGUUCACGGACAGAAAGCUGCUUGGGAAGACCCAGUGGAGUGGGUCCGGGACACUCUGCCCUGGCCAUCCGCCCAACAAGACCAAUCAAAGCUAUACCACUUGCCCCCACCCUCCGUGGGCCCUCACACCAUUGCCUCACCUCCAGAAGAUAGGACAGUCAAAGACAGCACCCCAAGCUCCCUGGACUCAGACCCUCUGAUGGCCAUGCUGCUGAAACUUCAAGAAGCUGCCAACUAUAUUGAGUCACCAGAUCGAGAGACUAUCCUGGACCCCAACCUGCAGGCAACACUCUGAGGGUCUAGCAGUCACUGUCACCAUGGACAGCAGAAGGCUGGCUUCAGCUUCAUUAGCUCUCCUCUCCCCUCUUCUUUCAGAGCUCUGGCUUACCAGCCUUCCCAGGACAGGAGGGAAGAUGAGGGCAAGAGGAGGGAUGGGUUCUUGGUGCUGAACCUUUGGGAACUUCCUAGUAGGGACUGGAGGGGUAGAGUUUGGGCACUUGUGCCCCUAAAUGCAUUUACUGGCCUCCUCUCGUGACUUUGGAGAAGAGAUGAUUCUGGGUCUUUUCUUCAGUUUUUGUUUCCCCUACAAACUCCUGGGCUUUCUGGGGAGGGAUUCGAAGACAUCGCAAAAGCCGUGCAGCAGUUCCUACCGGUUCUCAUGAACACCUCUGAGACAGUCACAGACGGAGAAGUCUAAGGGAGGCAGGAAACUCCACGGAUUUUCUUGCAAACCCUUCCCAAUUUUAUCAUCACUGCCAACAACCUUUCCCCAGAGAUCUGGCCAGAGCCCAGAAAAAGAAGCAUGUGGUUUAACGAAAAAAAAAAGAAAAAAAGAAAAAAAAUUGUGUAAAUCAACCUGUAAGAGGUAAAAAGGCAAUGGAAGAGAUGAAGCUGGAAAGAGGGGACCCAGUUGCCAAGAUGGAAAGAGAGCUGCCAGAUCUCACCUUCUGGAUGACAAGAGGGGACACUGACAAGAUGGCUUCCAAUCUAAGAUGUCACCAAACCACAGAAGUAACAUCACAGCCUUCAGAGAGACUAUGAGCUGCCUUUCUGCCCUCUAAUUGAACUUGCAUGAAAGUCAAUAAACCCAACUUUUUUAAUUUUUAAUUUUUAAAUUUUAUUUCUAUUUUUUCCUCCCAUCUGCCUAUUUAUUUGCCCUCUUUCCCUAAUUUUCUCACAUGUCAAUGAGAUACUUGGGUUUCCUUCCAGAGAAUAGUUUUGCUUUCCAAGUAGGUUUUCUUUGGAGAAUUGAAUUCCGUACUAUUGGUGUAAGUUAUGCGCCUGCCAUGCGACUAUCUCUGGCAUCCUUGGGGCUUAUAUGCGACAAGAAACAUUGGCUCAGAAUGGUAGGAGAAAACCCAGUUUCUCUGACUUUCCUUUUGAGAAAGCACAUGUUCUACCUGGAAGCUCCGCUGCCAUCCUCUGGUGUGAUCUACCCCGAGCUUCAUCGUGGACUGGAGAAAAACCACCAUACUGGAAACACCCGCCUGUCUUAGGGCCUGUUUGGCCACCCGCUGCACUAUUUGGAUGGUAGCCACUUUGCCUGACUGAAUGACAAUUCCCUUGCUAGCCCUUACUAUUUGUUUUUACAGUUGAAGAGUCACUUAUAAGAAACUGAACAACCAUGUGAACUGCUUCAGGUCAGAAUAGAAGGCUCAAGGAGUUGUCCUCGGUAGCCAGUACUGAUUGGCCUUCCAAAGAGAUCCACCACUUGUGCAAGUUGCCCUCUUCGUAUUUCUGCAGCCCACGUUCCUUCAUCUGACAAGCACUUACGAGUACUUAGCUGUAAACCAGUCACUAUGUUUAAAAAAUGACAAGAUUUGGUCCUUCAGUUCACAGUCUAGAGGGGAAUGUUAAUCUCCAUUAAGUACACCCUCCCCCAAUAUGGACCUUGAAAAUCAUCUGAGAAAUAAAGGUGAAUCCCAAGGGGUUAAAAGAAGCCUUUGAUUAGAUGUCCAAUAUGUGGUAGGCAGAAAAUUGGGAAUCCAUUUUGAUGGAGCCUAAAGAAAUAUGGAAUCUUGCUUGUCUAGGGUGGGAAACUACUUCGGUCAUUUCUGGAAACCAGAUGGAACCAGAUUCCAGGCUGAGCUGCCUUACGGGCUAAUGUCAGCACUCUGCAGUUCAGGAAUAGAUACGAUGAGCCUGGACUUAAGAGUUUGCUCUUCAGAGUCCUAAGUAGCACAAGACUUACCAGGAUCUAUACCAAGAUUCUAUAGGCAAACUAACCUGGGCCAUUGUUCCACCCAACCGAGGAAUCACAUGACUCUUAACAGUAUAUUUUCAUUUAGGUCUUCAAGAUGGUCUGGCUUGUUCCCUUUCCCCCUCGUCCCCCACAAAAGCUUCUAUAUUCACCUGGUAGCCCCAGGGAUGACAGGGUCCUCUAUUCUGGAGACUAUUAUUGCUAUUGCUGCUAAUUCCAUGAGCUGUGAAGAUCCCCAACCAACUCAGCUGCAAAAUAAGCAAUUCUGUAGUGGGAAAAGGCGGUUUGUCCAAGGAUGGUGCUGAAAUCAUUGCCUUAAGGUCUCUGCUGUGCAGAAUGAGAAGGCCCCAGAGCUGGGUGUUCCAACUCGGAAGGAAGGGGAGACUGGAUAGGCCUCCUUUGGACAUAGGUCUCUUCUGGACCCUAUCCGAAGCUCCAGAGCCACGGAAAGGCUCCGACUUCCGCUGACAUCCUGAUGCUUGAGCCCUUCACUCUCUUCUCUGGUGCUGCCCAGCCAGUGCCUUCUGAAAUGGAUGUUACUGGCUACUUAAGAAGAAGGAAAGUAGGAAAUGCCUUCUUCCGUUUCAACUGCCUCAGACUGCAGAGGGAUUGUCUCUGUGGUAACCAUGGAUACCAUCGUGAAUUUUCUUUGGGUCUGCAGCAAGUUGACUCUGGAGGCCUCUCAUACUAUAACUUCGUUUCUAUUCCUGGGACCCACCACCACCUUCUCUCAUUUGACUGCUGCAUUUAGUUCAGGCCUCAAAUAGCUGUCCUCCAGGAAGUGUGUUCCCAUCUAGUGAAGUGCUCUUGAAGCCUCUGCUUUCCUUCUGAAGACUGGGACCCUGUUUACAGUUGCACAUCUGGGCCCCUCACAGUACCAUCUCAAAAAGGGACCGUGGUUCUGUGACAGUUGCGGAAGGUUGAGCCUCCUCAUGGUGCUAAUGACCCCUUGGGGUGCUCAUCCGGACUUCUAAGAAGCAAAAAGCCUGAGCACCCCCUCACUGCCCAGGAAUUCACGGCAAAGAGCAAAUCCACAGCGUUCUUUCCAGCCUACACGCUUGCUUCUUGGUUGAGACCAGUGGCACUCCUCAGAAAGGAAGAACUGGGUCCCACAGCUAGACUCUCCAUCUCCAGGCACCUUCAAGGGAAGAAUCCAACCUUUCUAGUUCUGAAUUUGUGCUAUUCCCUUCCCCCUCUGACCCCCCAAUUCCAUCCCUCACCAAAGUUGGCUAGUGAAGAACAUCAACCUUUGGAGGAUCUCAGCUCUGGGAAAGAGGCUAACUAGAAUCCCUCGAAUUUUGGGAUGAAGACCAAUAAGUUGUGUUCAAUGUGUUCGUUUCUCAGUCCCUGCCUAGGCACUGAAAUAAAGUACUAGGUAUUAGAGGCUGCUAUGGGACCUGAUGUCUGUGUAUCUCUGUGUUCUAUCUUCUGGGGCUUUGUGGAACAUUAUUAUUUUUGAUACCUGCUUUCUGGUAACUCUUUGGUGCUUAUUUCUGUCUCUGUAAAUCUUUACUCCAGUGUCUUCUGUGUAGUCUAAUCACCUGGAAGAUAGAGGCUGGCAGGGAAGAAGAAUGAGAUAAAAGACCAUGGUCGACCCUACAAGAAAGCCUUUAUUGGUUGGCAACCAUUUGGGUCUUGAAUUACCAACCUUCUAACUAGUCUGUCCAUACUGAUGGGCAUAAGACAAAGUAAUGAUUUUCUCCCCCCCCCUUUUUUUUGUCUUCUGGCUUUUCUAGUUUGCAAGACUUUUAAGUGGACUUGACCUACCCAUCUCCUUACUUGUAGCUCUCAAAGCCGAGCCACACUAUUCAGAGGGAUACCGCCCCCUCCCGUACUCCGAAGAUGAGCUCUGUUUCCUGCCAUAGUCCAGGAAAGUAGGGGAAGCAGUGGUAGUUUCCACAACACCUGCCAUUGUCACCCCAGAUGGAACCAUUCGCAGCCCCAGCGUGUGCACAGGUCACCCUUGCCUCAUCAAAUGAGGGUCAGUCUUAUAAACCAGGAGACAAAAGACUUCAAUGAUUUUUUUUUUAAUGACAAAAGGGUUUGGGAGAGGACAUUGUGCUAAUCACAAGUCUAAUACAGGGUUCAGUUAAUCUGAAGUAACUCAGACUGUCAGUUACAGCUCCUUAUCACACUUUACCCUUUCCGUAGUCUCGGCAUUAGCUAAACUGAAGCUAGUGAGUGGACUCCAUGAGCCAAGCCCAUGGGAAGAGGAAAAAUGGCUGUUGCAACAGGUUGGGUAAUAGAGACGGAUAAGAUGGAUGUACCAACAGUUAUUGGUAACCCGUUUUUUUCCUUCCAGUAUUGAGUAUUGAACCUAGGGUCUCUCAAAACUCAGCAAGUACUCUGUCACUGAGCUAUAGCUCCAGCCCUCACUUCUUUAAAAAGAUGGUUUCAUUAAAGUUGUCCAUAACAGCCCCGAAUUCACUAAGUAUUCCAGGCAAGCUUUGAAUUUGAUGAUACCACACACACACACACACACACACACACACACGCAUGUACACAUUAGCCUCUCAAGUAACUGGCCUGUGUCCCUAGGCCCAGCUAUAACACACUCUGUAAGAACUAUGCAUGAGAGUCCCCAACACGCAGGCCAUAAGUAGUAAACAUGUGUUCCACAUGGCCACAGCCUGAAGACACUGCUUUCCGUGCCUGGAUCAGCCUUACCAAUCAGCAGUCCUCAGUUAACCUGCUCAGGGAGAACAGGGCCACCUGGCGUACAUGCUCUUGCAGGAGAGACAGAGUAAACCGGAAAGCUGUCUAGAAGGAAAGAAAGCAGUUGAACUUUGGAAACCACAGGGAGGGAAAGGCAGUUAAAAAUUAUACCUGCUUAUACUAGUUCAUUCCAGUUUGAUGUUUUGGCCGUUCUCCUUAGUGAUUAUGUCACAGGGAACAUUCUCUGACAUGAUGUGAGUCCCUGGUCCCUUGGGCCAACCUUUCGUCCCUUAAAGCAGUGGCGCUCGGAGGAUGUCUUCAGACCAGCAGGAGCAGCAUGUGGGAAUGUGUUUAAGGACUAGAAUUCCCAGGCUCUAACCCAGGUCUGCCAAGUCAGCUCUAGAGUGGCAGUACCCAGCCAUGUUGUAAGGGUGGAGCCAAAUCACGGGAGCCCUCACUAUGAGAUGGCUGAUGUUUGAAGACCCCAAUAAGAAGCGUCUACAGUCUAAUUCAAAUGCUCACAUUUCAAAGUCACUUUGCUCUUACUUAGGUUUCUGGGAGCUAGUAGUAAAAAUAUGUGCUUUGGGGUAGAAGUUAGGGAAGGUCUGCGUCUUUGCAGCCUCUAGCGGAAAACCCCUGGCCUCUGACAUCACUGCCUGGCACACUGUGGGGCUCCAGUGGAACAAUCAUGUCGGAAGUCUCCUCCACGUUGCUGUUCUGAUGGAUUCUUUAUCUGAUAAUAGUAUAAGAAAAGUAAAAUAAAAUCUAAUUUACAUUCCUAUGAUAAAAUGUUCUCCCUUUAAAUGGUGAAGAGUACUGCGGAGUCUGAGAGCUCCACCAGCCCUUCCUUCCCCAAGGCAGCCAACAGCUGAGUGCCAGUAUGCCAGAAGGGCCCAGGUCUCUGCUCAGCCCACAGGAGAGAGUUCUACACCGUGAAAAUAAAGUAUCUAAGUCCUUAGGUUCAACCUUUGCCUCUUCCCAUAUCAGGACCUAAAUACCGUACUACUCAGCAAAGGGAACAAAAUAAAUACUCUCUAAAAAAUAAAAAAAAAAAGUUUUUUUUCAGGAAGAGCUUUGUAUAUUUCCAAACCUAUAAACUAGCUGAAAUGGCCAUGGAAGAGUUGAGGCUGUUUAGAAGAGUUUUGUUUCAAGUGUGUCAGCUUUCAUCCCCUGUGAGAGCACUUUUGUGGUACUAGGUCUCCUGAGCUCGCAGACUAAAGAAGGAUAAAGCCCAAGGAGAGCAAGUGUAAAACAGUUGCACUAAAGUCAUCCCCUUGCCAUCCAGCCAGCCCUGGUCCCCUUGUCCUGCUUCCCUGCCGUUUCUGAGAAGGAAAAUAGGAGAAGCAACUCCCACACUGCAGCCAGUUUCUGCUGCUGCUGUGCUCCCUGCCCCCCCCCCACACACUUCCUAACAUUCUUUUGUUUAUUGCUUUUAACCAAACAAAAUUACAGUGAAUUCUAGGUCUUGCUAGCUUCCUUUCCUCCCCCUCCCUAUCCUGUUUGACACAGCACUGCUCCUGUAAGAGGCUGUGUUCCUCAAAUGCAUGGCAUUCCUCAGGUGGCGGAUGGGCAAGAAUGGUCACUUUUUAAAACUUACUGAGUACAAAAAUCCCAAACCGUGAUAUGUGUGUGUCUGUGUGUUUGUCUUAUUUCCGUUCCAUUUGACCCUCGCCUAUUCCAGUCUGUCCCCUUUUAUACCUAAUGUAGAAAAGGCAAAACCUGAAUCUGGAAAGCAAAUUGUUGUAUAUAGUUGCGGUAACAAUCAUGAAGAGAGCUGGGCUGUCCCCUCAGUGAUUCAUUUUAAACAAGAAAAUUGGUUGAAAAUUAAAACCAUGCCUUGGCCAGCUGAAAUGGCCUUCCUCCAUCGCCACAGGGACCACCCUUACCUGGGUCCUCUGUCUGCAGGCAUGUCUCCAUCUAGCAAAAUUCCUCUGUUCUCUGCCAUUUGCGUUUCAAUAAAGUUAUCUCCUGUAUUGUCCACUGGUUUUCUAGCUCACUCUCUGCCUGGUUUCUGUGUCCGUUUACCUUACUGCUUGAUCUGGAAGGUCACACAACUUGU